UACAUCCGACAUCUGCCGUCAAACUUGUCAUGGGUUGUCAAGUCUUGACAUAUUUUCAUAAACAUGAAAACAAGGAAAAUAUAAAAAAAACAAAAUGAAUUCAUUAUUCCCAGUAAAUCAUAAAACCAUAUUCGUGUUAGACCACACUCCAUAUUUCGGUAUAUCUUCAGAAAAUCCAAUAGACUUCGAUGUAUCAAAAAGCCGGGGACCGGGAUAUGUUCCUUUGCCACCCAUUUGUAAAUCAUUGUGGACUUGCAGCGUUGAGGCCGCUGUUGAAUAUUGUCGUAUAGUAUGGGAUCUAUUUCCUGAGGGGAAGUUGGUCAGAUUUGUAGUGAGUGAUUCAGCUGCACACAUUCUGAACACAUGGGCCACUACGCAACAAAAUUUAACUCAUAUCCUGAAUGGCCUGUGUCUUGUGGGGCCGGUACGGCGCGGCGCAGGCGGCGACGUGGUCGGGCUGUGUGCUGCGAUCGAAGCACUGGGGGAGGCGUCGCCCACGCAAACUUCGAUGCCUAAUACUGACAGACACUACCAGAAUCGCGGUCGGAUAAUAUGCAUAACGAGUGCAAGAGAUGACGACUCCAUACGUAGUUUGGCUGAGAUAGCUCUGAACACGCUCAUACAGCAGAACAAGAAGGCCUCAUUAGUGCCCCCUGCUACAUCCACCGAACCCACCACAUCUACACCUGCGGCACAACCACUAGUAGUACAUUACUGCCAUCUGGUGAUAAUCAACGUUACCCCAGAGAAGGCCGAAACUAGAGUUAACAAUCAACAGUUAACUGAUAUGGGCGGCGGCAUAAUGGGUGUCGAAGUGAUAGUUUCUCGGGCGAGUAACUUGGCCAACUUGUUGGGCCGGCUGGUGUUACCGCACUAUAGGCUAGCCACCACGACAGUCACAGGCAUUCCGAUGAAGGAAGAACAAAACGCAAGUUCGAGUGCUAACUACGACGUGGAGAUCAUCCACUCGGCGGAGGCGCACGCGGGGCUCCGCGCUGGCCAGACGCCGGCUGAGGCGGCUGAAUCGGUGGUGCUCCGGUGGUGGACGCCGCGCGGCGCGGAGGGCGGCGCGGGGGGCUGCGGGGGUGCGCUGUGGCGCGUCACGCCCGCCGACGUGGCCUCGCGCCCCUCCGCCUGCCUCGUCAACUUCCUGCUCAACGGACGCUCUGUCACCCUUGAGGUUCCUAGGAAGGGCGGCGGCCGGUCGGCGUCGCACGUGCUGGCGGCGCAGGGCGGCGAGCUGUGGAUCGGCGCGCUCGGCGGCCGCGCGCCCUGCGACGACCCACCCGCGCUCUCCGACGGCGCCGGGGGACGCGUCACCGACUACAGAAUAAAAGAAUUCGGCGCAUUGAUGCAACAGAAUAAAUUGUUCCCGCUGCGAGGAACCGGCGCAAACACGCGCGCUAGGACCAAACUACAAAGACUGACCACAUACUGGCCACUCACUAUUUCUUCCACGCUUAUAUUUAAUUUGGGAUCGGUGAUGGACCCACUCACAAGGCUGGUGGUGCAAGAGUCUCUGACGGAUGAAGAAGUAGACCAGUGUCGCAGUGUACUCCUGUCUUUGCUAGGGAUGGAGUCGAGACAUGAGUUCCCCUCCGCCCAACUGCCUUCUAAUAUGAGAGGCAAGAGCGGGCGGCGCGAGGAGCAGUGGCGCCAGGUGUGGAGCGAGCUGGAGGCGCUGGUGCGCGCGCACUCCAACUCGGCCGCGCACCGCACGCUGCUGCGCGUGCUGCUCGAGUGCCGCGCGCACAACAACCACGGCUCCGACAGUGAAUCCCGAGCUACGGUAAUACGUGCGACAACGGACUCCCCACUAUCCCCUGUGGGAGCCGGGAAUGGGUCUUCCAGCUCGAGUAACGACGUGUGGGCGCCGCGGAACGUUCUGGACGCGCUCAUAGGGGCGCCGCGACCGCCGCGACGACCAGACUUCGCUGGAAGGAUGGCGGCCGGCAAUAGAAUUGCGACUUUGUACCCACAUUUACAGCAGGAUGUUGAAGCUCAGCAUUAGUUGGAAAAUUGUAUAAGAUGUAUAGCUUGAUCAGGAAAAUAAACUUGCUUUGAGGACGGCAAUUUUGCUUUUUCGUUUUAAAGUUAAUAUGUCAGUACGAGAAAGUUCCCUAUUUUACCACAGCAUGGCGAGGCGUGUUUUCCUUGUUAGGCUAUAAAUAGUAGGGAACAGCACUCUGUUAGAAGAGUAUUUUAUAAAAUGAUUGUCAUUUUGAGCAAAAAUAUUAGCUUCAUGGAUUUACAAUGAUCUAGAUAUUUUGUAAAUUAAGUAAUAUUUUUUAUACUGAAACACAGCAAUUUAUAAUUGUUCUUUUUCAAUAUGAAUGCAAGUUAUUUUUAUCUCUAAACUGACGACUUCAUUACACUGUGUACAUUGCACUUUAUAAAAAAAGAACACUUAUAAAUCAGUGUAAGUUGCUGCGAAUAUUGUAUAUAAGAAAUAAACGAUAGAAAACAUA